AUGAUUGGUGCAGACAUUUUUGAGAAUCUUCGUUGCGUUGUGCUUAAUGAGCUCAUACUUUAUAAUGCAGACAACGUUUCGCUGAGUGUCCCAGAGGAACCCGAUCUUCUCGAAAAUAUUCAGCGUGGACGGCAGGAGGCCGAGGCUCUGGGUCUUGAAAAAUUCAUUCGUAUCUUUAAGUUAUAUGAAGAACUACAUCGAAGCAGAAUGCAAAUGGAAUCAAUUGACUAUUCACCUAAGAAGGAAUCUCAGUCCCACUACACGCUGGAAGAACUGUUCAUUCGAGUAAACGUUAUUGAUUCACUGGCGGAGACCCAACAACGGAAUCAUCAGGAUCUGCUUGAAGAGGUUUUAGAUCUUAAAAAGCAUCUUAUAACCUCCGUAAGUGACAUCCAAAGUUCAGACUCUUUUCAGCUUGGCCAGCAGUACUCACCCUUGUUCUCCACCCGCUAA